GGACAAUCUCCGUAGUAAAAUCGAUCGUCUUGCUGAACAAGAUAUCUUGAAAUUUGGACGAAAAUGGCAAUGCAAUUUCUUUACGCAUGUGCCGUGUUAUCAUCUAUUCUACAUGUUUCAGUGUCGGCCUCCUUUGAUGCAGAAGCAUUCGUUUCCACCCCUCGAUCUGGAGUCGUCGGAAGUGUGGAAGCAGGAGCACCCGCCACUGCUAAAGGGGAUGUUGACACUGAGAUCGCUUCUCUAGAUGCGUCAGAUGUUCCAUCAGUCAUCGACUCAGUCAACAAUUUCUUGGCCUCACAUCCCAAGGCUCGUCCUCGCAGAAAUGUUGUCUUUCAUAUUCAUUAUAUGGCACAAUCGUUUAGAAUUCCGGCGUCUACAACAGGGAGUUCGAUUGUAGAUUAAAUAACUAAUAUCAGCGAAGGUAGACGAAGCAAAUAGGUAGCAUUUAAAAAUGUACUAUAGGCUCAGAAGCAUGUUCUCCUAAGAUUUCAUUUUUUUUAUUCUUCGAGAAUAUAAAUUCAUGGCUCUUAUUUUGAGGCUACAUUUAUUUUGUUCGCUAUGUAAUGUUCCAAAAUAUAACCUACAUUUUCUUGAAUUCUUGAUAUUUCUAAGUCUUGGAAUAUAAAGCACGAAAUUGUGUCUAAAAUCGAACCGCCUCACCUUUGUGUCAUUUAUGAUUGCAUAUGUCACAAUAAAACACUCGUAUUUGUAGUGUAAGUUGAAAAAAACUUCAUAUAUAAUAUUUCUUAUCUCUCCUUAAUUAUAAAUUAUAAAUCGAAUAGUAAUUUAAAAUCUGUUGAUUUAUCGACCAACUAUGUCGUGAUAUAUAAUUCAUUAAUUUUAUGAUAAUUCAGAUUCGACCAAUCGAAUUAUAACAAAGUUUAAAACUUCGGUAAAACCUGUUUCUCAAUUCAAUGACAGCUUGCAUCCUGUUGCUUAUUAUUCUGCUUAGCAAAAUUCGACAAAAAUUAGGCUUAAAAAAUUGUAACCAGGUUUGUAACCUCGUAUUUCCAAAAUGAUCUUUCCAAAAAUUGCCCUUUUCAGCUCAUUUUAUGUCACUAUCUAGUAACCUGGUAUUUACAGCUUAAUUGUUGUAUUUCACAAAUAAAUGAAUGCAAAUACCGAUGCAAAAUGAGCUGAACUACAUUUAUUCUAAUAGUGCAAAAACUUGUUUGUGUGUGAU